UUCAUAUUUGUUUUUGUUUUGCAAUUUACGCAUUUUGUUUUGUUUUGCUUUAAGUUUACUUUAAGUUUGCUUCUUAAAUGCAAACAUGAAUAACGACUGGCCUGCUGAUGAUGCUGACAUCGAUCUAGCAUUAAAUGAUGAGGCUUUGGGAAAGUUACUCGAUACACCAGCGGAAUCAGAGCCAAGAAUUAUUAGCGAAUGUGUCGGCUUCGAUGAGAGCGCAGGUAACAAUUGGCUUUAUCCGAACAAUUUGCCACUACGCUCGUAUCAGCACAGCAUUGUGCAAGCGGCGCUCUAUCGCAACACGCUGGUGGUGCUGCCCACUGGCUUGGGAAAGACCUUCAUUGCAGCGGUUGUGAUGUACAAUUUUCAUCGCUGGUAUCCCGAGGGCAAAUUAAUUUUCAUGGCUCCAACGCGUCCACUGGUUGCCCAACAGAUCACUGCGUGCCAAACAAUAAUGCCAUUUUCCCCGGAGGAUACCGUGGAGCUAACUGGACGUUUGCCACGUGCUAAACGCGCCGAAUUGUGGGCGACCAAACGCGUCUUCUUUGCCACGCCCCAAGUAGUGCAAUCGGAUAUGCUAGACACGGGCGACCGUGAUGCCCUGCAAUUCCCCUAUAUGUCCAUCAAAUUGCUCGUAGUGGAUGAGGCGCAUAGGGCCAAGGGACGAUAUGCAUACACACAGGUCACAGAAUCUAUAAUGGCUCGCAAUCCUUACUUCCGCAUGUUGGCUCUCUCUGCAACACCGGGACGUACCAUGGAAGACGUGGCUGCCGUGUGCCGCAAUCUGUACAUCUCUCAUCUCGAUGUGCGCUGGGAUGACUCCAUAGAUGUGCGACAGUAUGUGCAUAAGCGCAACAUGCGCACCAUUGUAGUGCCUCUGGAUGAUCGAAUCAAGGAGCCGCGUGCACAGCUUCUACAAAUUAUCGAUCCUUAUCUGCGACAGCUAAUUACAGCAAAUGUCCUGAAGGGAGCACGCGGCAAUAUUUCGCGGAACAAUCUGCUAUACGAUCAGAGCCGCUAUCAGGAGAAUGUGUCCAGGGGUGAGCGUCAUCCGGAACACAGCUUGGUUGUCAGCAACUUUUCCAUGUGCAUUAGCUUGUAUCACGCAUUGGAGCUUCUCGAGCGGCAUGGGCUGCGCGUCUUUGUAAAUAACUUUGAUUCGGGCGAGCAAGGAAGAGAUAAAUUUGUACUAAAAGAUGUGGCGCUUAGGGGACUGGUGGAGAAGGUUCGCCAAGAGCUAGGUGACAAUCCUCUAGAUCACUCCACGCACGCCAUGACCAAUGGGCAGGUGGCGCCGCUGCCCACUACCCUAGACUUUGGGCAUCCCAAAUACGAACAGGCCAGGCUGGUGAUGUUAAAGCAUUUCGAGUCCCAUGCUGAUUCCCGUGCGAUUGUCUUCUGCGAGUAUCGUGAAUCCGUGAUGCUGAUUCAACGUUUACUGUUGCAGCACAGACCGAUGUUGCGGCCGCGUUGCUUUGUUGGCCAAAACUCAAGCGGUAAUGGAAUUUGUGCUUUAACCCAAAAGGAGCAGUUGCAAAUUAUGUCGGACUUUCGCCAAGGAACAUGCAAUGUGCUGGUGGCCACUUCCAUUGGCGAGGAAGGCCUCGAUGUUGGCGAGGUGGAGCUGAUUGUAUGCUUUGAUAUCUGCAGCUCAAAUCCGACACGUUUUACACAGCGCAUCGGACGCACAGGCAGGAAGAAAAAUGGUGAUGUGAUUAUACUGGUCACAGAUGGACGAGAGCAGCAACUGCUCAAGGAGAUGCUGGCCAACAAGGAUCAAAUGAAUCGCAAACUCUUGCAGUCGACGUUGGUCAAGAGCGUUUUGUAUCAGCACGCGCCACGACUGGUGCCACCGCAAUUUCAUCCACGGUGCGAGCAGCGCUUCAUGGAGCCCAUUAAACCCAAGCCGCAGGCACCCUCACCCACAGGAAAGGGGCGCAAGCAACCCAUGCAGCCGAUAGUUAAAUGCCAUGAUCUGCGCAAGUACUUCGCGCUUAGCCAAGACAAAUUUCUGCAGGGUGAACCGACAUACAAAGUAAGCGAGGCCUCACAGCAGCUACUCCAGGAGCAAGCGGCACGGCAGAGCGUGCCGAUCCAGAACUUCCUGCUGGACACGCAGGAAGACCAUGAACCGACGGCAGCAAAUGCUCCAUUGUCUGCUAGCAGCAGUGCUCAGGACCAGUUGCAGCGCCUGCGCAAGAUAACGCGACUGCUGCAGGCAACCAAGCCUUUGGUCAGCGACUCACAACGUAACCAGGAUCUGGUGGCUCAGUUGCAGGACAAGCAACUCCCUAUUGCACUCAAGCUCUAUCUGAUUGAAUGCAAUGCACACUUUGUGCGUGAUAUACAUACAAAGAUGAUGGAACAACUGCAGCGGCAGCUGCCGGCAACGCGUCUGAACUCCAGGCAACAGCGCACCCGAAAGAUAUACGAGAUACUUCAAUCCGUCUGCGGCGAGCACUUGGAGCGCAUCUUGGAGCAAGGCGAGUCAAGCUGUGCGGAGCUAACGCUUAAAGAUUUGCAGCAGCCGAUGGACGAGCAAUCAGGCUUUGAAAAAGUCUGCGUGGACAUAUUUGAGGGCUUGCAAGAGACCGGUAUCUGUGCGGAUAACCACGAGCUGCUGCAGCAAGAAUGGGAGCAGUUAGAGCUUCGCCGCCUAGAGCAGACCGUGAGAGAGCAGCUAGAUAAUGAGGCGACAAGCUUAUACGAGGAUUGGCAGGAGCAGGAGACAGCAGAAGACGAUUGUCUGCAGACUACAGAUGUCUCCACCUCUGUCUAUCAAAGUCAAUGGGCGGAGACAGCACGGCACAGCUCCACGCCGUUGCGAGAGCGGCAGGUGACAACUGAAAAGGAUUCGACAGCAGACUGCAAUCAGCUUAACGCCAACCUGAGUCGUCUCAAUUGCCUGAUGAGCGCGGCAAGCACGCCACUGCAGAAGAAUAAACAGAGUAAGAAGUCGCUGCUGGACGAACUGGAUGAAGAUUUGUCGACCUUUGAUCAGCUGGCUGAGCAGCAGGAUUCUGUUGCUGUUGUAGCCACGCCAGAGGCACUCGAGCUGGAUCUCAACGAUUUUCUAGAGCCGCUACCUGAAGAGCAGCUACUGCAACAAAAGGAAAGUCAGCCAACAGCGUUGCAUGACCAGCUGCUGGAGCAAAGGAUUAGCGUAAAGGAGAAUCAACCAAUUGCUUCUGACGAGCAGAAGCUGAGCUCAGUUAAGAAAAAUCAACCAGAAGCUGCAACUCCACCGCGAAUUUUCUCACCUGACAUCUUUGCAGAGGAUUCUAUGUCGCCGUGGAAGCCAACGCCACCUGCUCCAGCUAUGAGCUUAGCCGCGAAACUAGCUGCCAAACCCUCAGUCACAGCUAUAAGUGCACCUGCUGAUCGUUCACCGGAUCGAACGUCCGCUCCCGCUCCCGCUCCCGCUCCUUCUGCUCAGCUAAAGUCUCCAAGUAUUUUCGAGAACUAUCUGCGUCGCAUGCGUGGGCAUGGCCACCUGUCCAAAGAAGCGCAGCGCAUACACACUAUGACCAGCAAUGCAGCUGCUAAGCCAUCUCAGUUAGAAGAGGACUCACCAAUUAUGCGGCGUCGCCCAGGCAAGCGCAAGGCCUAUGACAUAUCCGACGAGGAGAAGGCGGAGGUAACACAAAUUUUGGAUGACGAAAGCUUCGAGGAAGUGCCUGCUACACAGCCAGAUCUGCGGACACCUCCGCGUCGCAAACGCGCCAAGUUUAACGAAUUUAUUCUGGAAGAGGCAGACCAAAGCGGAUCCAAUCACGAGGAGGAUGAGCAUGCGGAACGCAGCUUUGGUGCUUAUCUAAAGGACUCUGUUAUAGUCUCAAGCGAUGAUGAAGAACACAAUGACACCACCACGCAUGCCAUGUACCUGAGGGGUAUUAGGAGUCCUGUACAUCGCCCUGGCGCUUUUAAGAUGCCUGCGCCGCGUCGGUUUGAUGAAGAAUCUAUUUACUCACAGCCUGUGGAGCCAGAACCAUCGCAAUAUUAUCCCUGCUCCUUUGUUGUGAAUGAUGACAGCGCUGUCAAUGAGGAAGCGCACAACAUUUCGGAGUGUCCGUUAGAGCGAGCCGAGCGCAUACUCAAGGAGCAGCGACGUCAGCGACGAAGGCAAAGAGAGGGAGGAGGAGUUAUCCAACCACCCGUCGCAGCGCCAACAACAGCAACUGCGAGAGGCAAGCGACGACGCAUACAAACACUCAGCGAUUCCAGCGACGACGAUGUGAUCUUUAUUAAAUGAUUGACUCAUUGAUUGAGCUGUGCUUAGCUCCAGUGCCAUUCCCUAUGACUACCCCAUACUAUUUCUUCAGCUAAAUACCCUGUUAAUCUUAUC